GCAACUGUCAGGCAGGGCGGCCCGGCGGAUAUUGGCUCGGCGACACGCCGAGGCUCCUCCCCAGUCUGGAUCUUUUAUAUUUUGGGAGAAUUUCUUUGAACUCAGUUCCCAAGCUCGGUGCGGGAGACAAGUUCCCACAGCCUGGCUGGCAGGCGGGGGCCGGCGAGGAGGGGUCGCCCCCGUCUCCGCGGCGGCCGCGUGCCGCCUAGUAUUUCUCGGUGCCUCCUUGGAGGCACGGCGACCGGCUGGGCAGAGGGAAAUGCCCACGAGCUGGAUGUGACCGUGAAAGGAGAACGUGGGACCCGAGGCAGCUGAAGAGGAUGCGGAAAAGCAUUAUUUGAAGAGAACAAACCAGCUCCUCCAACCCUUUUGCCAAUUGGUGCUAUUACUUCUGGGGUCCAUUUGCUUGGAUUCCCCGCCCCUCGCGUUCACAAACCUUUGACUUACGGACCGAGGAGACUGCCCCAGAAUUGGAGAACCCCGCUGGGUCGGAAGACCCUGUGGAUGUAGCGUGGGUUGGAACAUUUAGACCCUCCGCUCUGGAAAAGCCAUCAUGAAUUCGGUAGCUGGGAAUAAAGAGAGGAUUGCAGUCUCCACCAGGGGCAAGAAAUACGCGGUCAAUGAAGUCUGCUCGCCCACCAAGCCCGCGGCGCCCUUCUCCCCCGAGAGCUGGUACCGCAAAGCCUACGAGGAGUCGCGCGCCUCCAGCCGGCCCACCCCCGAGGGCGCGGGCUCGGCGCUCGGCUCGUCGGGCACGCCGUCCCCGGGCUCGGGCACCUCGUCCCCGAGCUCGUUCACUGGGUCCCCGGGUCCCGCCUCCCCGGGCAUCGGCACCAGCUCGCCGGGCUCCCUGGGCGGCUCGCCGGGCUUCGGCACGGGCUCCCCAGGCUCGGGCAGCGGCGGCGGCUCGUCGCCCGGCUCGGACCGCGGCGUCUGGUGCGAGAACUGCAACGCCCGCCUGGUGGAGCUGAAGAGGCAGGCGCUGAAGCUGCUGCUCCCCGGGCCCUUCCCCGGCAAGGAUCCUGCUUUCUCGGCUGUCAUUCAUGAGAAGCUUCAGGUGCCCAAUACCAUCCGGAAGGCAUGGAACGACAGGGACAACCGUUGUGACAUUUGUGCCACACACUUGAACCAGCUGAAGCAGGAGGCCAUUCAGAUGGUGCUGACGUUGGAGCAGGCAGCAGGCAGCGAGCACUAUGAUGCUUCACCAGGCUCCCCACCACCUCUCUCCAACAUCCCUGCCCUGGUGGGCUCCCGGCAUGCAGCAGGGCUCCAGCAGCCCAGGGACUGGGCCUUUGUGCCUGCCUCCUAUGCCACCUCCACCUACACAGGUUUUAUCACCAACAAGCACAGCAGCAAACCCAAUAGCCUCGGGGUCAGCAAUGGGGCAGAGAAGAAGAGCGGGUCCCCAACCCACCAAGCAAAGGUCAGCCUGCAGAUGGCCACCAGUCCCAGCAAUGGAAACAUCCUCAACUCUGUGGCCAUCCAAGCUCACCAGUAUGUAGAUGGUACUUGGUCUUUGUCGAGAACCAAUGGAGUCACUCUGUAUCCUUACCAGAUCUCCCAGCUGAUGACUGAGACUGGCCGGGAGGGCCUGACAGAAGCAGCACUGAAUCGCUAUAAUGCUGACAAGCCUUCAGCCUGCAGUGCUCCGGCCCCAACCUCGCAGGGCUCCUGUGUUGCCAGUGAGACUUCCACGGGCACGUCGGUGGCUGCGUCCUUCUUUGCAAGAGCUGCCCAGAAGUUGAACCUUUCUUCCAAGAAGAAGAAACAUCGACCAUCCACGUCUUCUGUGGCUGAACCACCUCUUUUUGCCACCAGCUUCAGUGGCAUCCUGCAGGUGUCCCCACCUCCUGCCCCUCCCUGUCUGCUGAGGGCGGUCAACAAGGUGAAGGACACACCUGGCCUAGGCAAGGUGAAAGUCAUGCUUCGCAUUUGUUCUACCUUGGCUCGUGAUACCUCAGAAUCCAGUUCUUUCUUAAAGGUGGACCCACGGAAGAAGCAAAUCACCUUGUAUGACCCUCUGACGUGUGGAGGUCAAAAUGCAUUCCAAAAGAGAGGCAGCCAAGUCCCUCCCAAGAUGUUCGCCUUUGACGCGGUUUUUCCACAAGAUGCAUCUCAGGCCGAAGUGUGUGCUGGAACUGUGGCAGAGGUAAUCCAGUCUGUGGUCAACGGGGCAGAUGGCUGUGUGUUCUGCUUUGGACAUGCCAAACUGGGGAAAUCCUACACCAUGAUCGGAAAGGAUGAUUCCAUGCAGAACCUCGGCAUCAUCCCCUGCGCCAUCUCUUGGCUCUUCAAGCUCAUCAAUGAACGAAAAGAAAAGACAGGAGCUCGUUUCUCAGUGCGGAUCUCAGCCGUGGAAGUGUGGGGCAAAGAGGAGAACCUGAGGGACCUGCUCUCUGAGGUGGCCACAGGCAGUCUGCAGGACGGCCAGUCUCCGGGCGUGUACCUGUGUGAGGACCCCAUCUGUGGCACACAGCUGCAGAACCAGAGCGAGCUGCGCGCACCCACUGCAGAAAAGGCUGCUUUCUUCCUGGACGCGGCUAUCGCCUCCCGCCGAGGCAACCAGCAGGACUGUGACGAGGAUGACCACCGCAACUCCCACAUGCUCUUCACCUUGCACAUCUACCAGUACCGGAUGGAGAAAAGUGGGAAAGGGGGAAUGUCUGGAGGCCGGAGCCGCCUGCACCUCAUUGAUCUUGGCAGCUGUGUGAAAGCUCUUAGCAAAAAUCGGGAAGGAGGCUCAGGGCCAUGCCUCUCCCUGUCUGCUCUGGGCAAUGUCAUCCUGGCUCUCGUCAAUGGCAGCAAACACAUCCCAUACAAGGAGAGCAAGCUCACCAUGCUGCUGCGAGAGUCCCUGGGGAACGUGAACUGCCGCACCACCAUGAUCGCUCACAUCUCAGCCGCUGCCGGCAGCUACGCAGAAACCCUGUCCACCAUCCAGAUCGCCUCAAGAGUCCUCAGGAUGAAGAAAAAGAAAACGAAGUACACAUCGAGCUCUUCUGGGGGAGAGAGCUCCUGUGAAGAAGGCCGGAUGCGCAGACCCACCCAGCUGCGGCCCUUCCAGGCCCGGGCGGCGGUGGACUCCGACUUCCCCAUCGCUCACCUGUCCAGUGACCCCGACUACUCCUCUAGCAGCGAGCAGUCCUGCGACACGGUCAUCUACAUUGGGCCCAACGGCACCGCCCUCUCGGACAAGGAGCUCACCGACAACGAGGGGCCCCCAGACUUUGUCCCCAUUGUGCCGGCCCUGCAGAAGACCAGAGGUGAGAGCCGGCCCCCGGAGGCUGGGGAGGCAGUGGCCAGCAAAGCCGAAAGGGACUGCUUGAAAUGCAACACGUUUGCAGAGCUGCAAGAGAGGCUGGAUUGCAUUGACGGCAGCGAAGAGCCCAGUAAGUUCCAUUUCGAAGAGCUGCCUGCCCAGUUUGGGGCAGAGCCAGCCAGUAAGGGGUCCCCGGUGAGCCAAGCAGUGGCAGGGCUCUGUGAUUCUGAGAAGGAAGACAUCGGGACCGAGUCCGACAGCCAAAUGGCCAGCAGGGAAGGUGCUGAGCCUGCCGUCUGCAAGACGCAGAGGAACCACUCGCCCAUCCCCACAGCCACGCUGCCCCACAGCCCCAGCCCCGCCUCGCCUAGGAGCAUCCCGGGUAGCAGCAGCCAGCACAGUUCCCAACUCGCGCAGAGCCCCAGCCUCCAGAGUAGCCGAGAAAGCCUCAAUUCCUGUGGCUUUGUGGAAGGCAAGCCCCGGCCCAUGGGCUCCCCCCGCCUGGGCAUCGCCAGUCUCUCCAAGACCUCCGAGUACAAACCCGCCAGCUCUCCUUCACAGAGAUGCAAAGUCUACACCCAGAAGGGUGUCCUGCCUUCUCCGGCCCCGCUGCCACCCUUGAGCAAGGAUUCCCGCAUGGUCUCCAGUGAGUCCCUGCUGCAGCCUGAGAUCCGCACGCCCCCCGUGGGCAUGAGCCCCCAGGUGCUGAAGAAAUCCAUGUCUGCAGGGAGCGAAGGGUUUGCCCACAGCCCUGGCGAUGAGGAGACUCAGGCAGCAAUGUCCCCAGAGGCCAAGAAGGAGAUUCUAAGCACCACGAUGGUGACUGUGCAGCAGCCACUGGAACUGAACGGGGAGGAUGAGCUGGUGUUCACGUUGGUGGAGGAGCUGACCAUCAGCGGCGUCCUGGACGGUGGCCGCCCCACCAGCAUCAUCAGCUUCAACAGCGACUGCUCUGUGCAGGCCCUGGCUUCGGGCUCCCGGCCCGUCAGCAUCAUUGGCAGCAUCAGCGAGGACCUGGAGUGCUACUCCAACAUGGCUCCCGUCUCUGAGGUCAGCAUCACCCAGUUCUUGCCUCUCCCGAAGCUGAGCCUGGACGACAAGGGCCGAGAGGGCGGGAGCCGACGCUCCUCCAUCAGCUCCUGGCUGAGCGAAAUGAGCACGGGCAGUGACGGGGAGCAGUCAUGCCACAGUUUCAUUGCUCAGACCUGCUUUGGGCACGGGGAGGCCAUGGCAGACCCUCCAGCCUCUGAGGUGGUGGGUGGCCUCCAGAACACAGCAGUGUGCAAAGAAAAGCCCAAGGCCUGCCCCGACAAUUUGCUCAUCUUGUCUGAAGUGGGGGAGGAGUCCUUCAACAAAGCACCCCCCAUCAAAGGCUGUAAGAUAUCCACAUUGGGCAAAGCCAUGGUCACCAUCUCCAACACAGCCAACCUGAGCAGCUGCGAAGGGUACAUCCCCAUGCAGACCAACAUCACAGUGUACCCCUGCAUUGCCAUGAGCCCGCGGAAUGUCCAAGAGGCCGAGGCGGCCGUGGCCAGCGUCAGCUCAGCCCCCAAAGCAGCCCAGGCACAGGAGAGCAAGGAAACCAAUACCAAGAGAGAGAUGAAAUUCGAGGACCCCUGGCUGAAACGGGAGGAAGAGGUUAAAAAAGAGAAUACGCAUCCCAGUGAAGAAGGGGGCAGGUGUGAGACUACCUCCAGCUCCCCAAAGCCUGAGGCCAGGGCAGAACAGGAGCAGGACCGGAAGACCAGUUCUGGGGAGCGGCUGAGCAGUGAGGUGUCUGCCUCCCCGCUCACUGACAGCUUCAGGAGGGUCGCAGAUGGCUGUGAGAUGGCCCUACCCGGCGUGGCCGCCCAGAGCCCUGCAUAUCCCGGCAGAAACCUGAAGUCCAGCAGCCUUCCUCGGGCUUUCCAGAAAGGCAGCCGGCAGGAAGAGCUGGACAGCCUAUUCUACCACUGUGCCGCUGACACCAACGGCCUGGGCACCCAGGCCUCCAAGGCAGCCCUGGAGAGAAAGGUAGCAUCUCCCAAGCAUUGUGUUCUAGCUCGGCCCAAAGGGAUCCCUCCCCUACCCCCAGUCCGGAAGUCCAGCUUGGACCAGAAGAACCGGGCCAGCCCGCAACACAGUGCUUGCAGCAGCAGCACCAGUAGCCCCUUGAACCAGCCAGUGCCCUUCUUGGCGGGUUUCCCGGAUGAGUCCAGCAGCAAGAUGAAGGAUGCCAGCAGCAGCAGCAAGCUCUUCAGCGCCAAACUGGAGCAGCUGGCCAGCAGGACCAACUCCCUUGGCAGGAGCACAGUCAGCCACUACGAAUGCCUCUCGCUGGAGCGAGCGGAGAGCCUGUCCUCCAUGAGCUCGCGGCUGCACGCCAGCAAGGACAGCACCAUGCCCCGCGUGGGCCGGAGCCUGGGCCGCAGUGCGGGGGCCUCACCCACCAACCCCGGCCCCUCUCCGUGUCCCGGGGCCUCACCCAAGGCCAGCCAGUCCAAGAUCUCGGCGGUGAGCAAGCUCCUCCUGGCCAGCCCCAAAGCGCGCAGCCUGUCCACGUCCACCACCAAAACCCUCAGCUUCUCCACCAAGUCGCUGCCGCAGUCGGUGGGCCAGAGCUCCAAUCUGCCACCCAGCGGGAAGCACAUGUCCUGGUCCACGCAGUCCUUGAGCCGCACUCGUGGCUCCGGCCUGACGUCCAAGCUGCCGCUCCGCGCCGUCAACGGGCGCAUCUCGGAGCUGCUGCAGGGCAGCGCCGGGCCCCGGGGCCUGCAGCUGCGGGCUGGGCCGGAGGCCGACGAGCGCGGUGCGGCCCCCGACGACAAGCCGCCCGCGCACCUGCUGCCCUCCCCCUACAGCAAGAUCACGCCGCCGCGCAAGCCGCAUCGCUGCAGCAGCGGCCACGGCAGCGACAACAGCAGCGUGCUGAGCGGGGAGCUGCCCCCGGCCAUGGGCAAGACGGCGCUCUUCUACCACAGCGGCGGCAGCAGCGGCUACGAGAGCAUGAUGCGCGACAGCGAGGCCACCGGCAGCGCCUCCUCCGCGCAGGACUCCAUGAGCGAGAACAGCAGCUCGGUCAGCGGCAGGUGUCGGAGCCUCAAAACCCCAAAGAAACGCUCCAAUUCAGGUUCUCAGAGACGGCGGCUUAUCCCAGCACUGUCCCUCGACACCCCCUCUCCUGUGAGAAAACCUGCCAAUGGCUCCGGGGUCCGCUGGGUGGACGGCCCCUUACGUAGUGCCCAGAGGGGCCUGGGGGAGCCCUUCGAGAUCAAAGUCUACGAGAUUGAUGAUGUUGAGCGGCUCCAGCGGCGGCGAGGAGGCAACAAUAAGGAAGUCAUGUGCUUCAACGCCAAACUGAAAAUUCUGGAGCAUCGUCAGCAGAGAAUCGCUGAGGUCCGGGCCAAGUAUGAGUGGCUGAUGAAGGAGCUGGAGACAACCAAGCAGUACCUGAUGCUGGACCCCAACAAGUGGCUCAGUGAAUUUGAUUUGGAGCAGGUUUUGGAACUGGAUUCCCUGGAGUACCUGGAAGCGCUGGAGUGUGUGACAGAGCGCCUGGAGAACCGUGUCAACUUCUGCAAGGCUCACCUCAUGAUGAUCACCUGCUUUGACAUCACCUCCAGGCGCCGGUGAACAGAGCCCCCGCCCCCACCCCCUCCCUCCCAGGACUCCCAGCCAGGCCCACUCCCCAGGCCCAGCGGGACUGGUGGCUCUCAAAGACAACGCAAGGAGGAAGAAGGUUGGUGGCAAGUCCAGAGUGAGUGUGGAGCGGAAGGAGGUCUUUUUUCUUUUGUUUCCUGUAGGAAAGGUACAACACCAAACAUGGAUGGGAGAAGACGAUGGGAAGCCCAAGGAAUGGAGAAGCCCCGUGAGACUGAAAAAGCACUUUGAGGAACUUUCAAGAACAUGUUUGUACAUAAGAACUGCUGGCAAAAGGGACCUCGCUCUUCUUGCAGUCUUGUGAGAAGGGGGAGGGGCAGACACAGGAUUGAUGUUGAAAGCUACAACGAACAACCACAAAAAUUUUAUCCAGAAUGACUGAUUAAGUGCCUUUCAAAUCUUUAUUAUUAUCCAAACAUUUAUGUUCAUACUUUCUUGUGUACAGAUGGUGCUAGUCAAGAUGAAAAUAACAACAAACAAAAAUGAAACUCAGACACAUUUUUGAAAUGUAUUUACAGCUCAUGUUCUCUUGGUGUCUUAUUCUAUUUCUGACUUGCUGUUUUGGAGUAAGUUGUGUUUGUAGCACUAUUUCCUAAUCAGUAUUGCAGAUGAAUAAAUGUUGUCUUUUAUGGUUACUCUGGUAAGGCCACUCAAACAAAACACAGACACUUCAUGGACAUGAAAUGGCACGUUUCAGAAAGUUGGAGCAGCAGGUGAUACGGGGUGCCACCUGUGAUGUGUGGCACAGGCAGGAGGAUGGGAAAGUUGGUAACAGAACAGGUGCAUAAAUUUGAGGAAGCUGGGAAGGAUACCAGGGAUUGUGUCUUGGAGGGGAAAGGAGCCCAGGAGACCUGGGCCCUUCCUUCUUCAGCUGUGUUAUUUGUUCAUCUGUGUGACCCCUCCAAGUACUGACACACGUGCUGAUUCCUUUAUCAUCAACCUCAGGCUUUCCAUAGCCCCUAUUGUUUAAAUUGAGUUCUCUUCCAAAGACUAGAUUGAAGGCUUCAACCCAUUCCAGAGAGCCAUCUCUGAUUGUUUGCUUAAUUUGGGGGGUCUUCAGGACCACACUUGGCAAUGUGCAGGGCUUACUUCUGGCUCUGCACUCAGGAAUUGCUCAUGGUGGUGCUCAGGGUAACAUAUAGGAUGCUGAGGAUCGAACCCAAGUGGGUUGCAUGCAAGGCAAGCUCCCUACCCACUGUACUAUUACUCCAGCCCUGUUUUUUGGGUUUUAUUUUAAUCUGUACUUUUGUGACUAUGUAAAAGAAGGGGACCUGUACCUGUUUAGAAACUUCCUCAGGCACAUGUCUGCAGAGGUACUACAGCAUUAUUGGUUUAGAGCAAGAAAGGAUGUUGGGAUUACACAAAUACAUCUGGUGUCUAUCAAACUACAUAAGAAGUUUCUGUCUUCCCAUGACCCAGUGUCUUUACUCCAAGAGCGGACAAGCUUGUCCUUUCAGCGGACAAGCUUGUCACAGGAAAGCAGAGAGGCGAGGUGCCCUAUUGUGUACAGCGCAGCCUGGACAGAUGGGAAUGUGGACAGAUUGAUGGGUUUUGGCUCCCAGAAACGAAGAACUUUUCUCAAAUUCAGAUAGGCAUUCCUACCAAGUUCCUUUUGUGCCUUUGGUGACGGAACCUAAAGCACGCAGUCACGACGGAAUUGUAUGGCAGCAGGCAGCAGGGUGUUCUACCUUAUAGAUCUGGGCCCAGGCCUCCAGCCUUUCUUCUAAUGCAGGUGUAUGGGGCAAUGUAGGGUAGUAUUCCAGGACAGGUAGUCUCAUCCACUCCAAUUACUCCCCUGCAAAAAAAAAAAAAAUGAACCCUCUCAGCCCACCUGUAGAAACAAGGAGCCCAGCCAAAGUCAGUCAAUAGGAACUGAAAUUUCAUAAACUUCUCAGAACCAGAUCCUUCACUAAUAGGAACCAGAAGUCAGCCCCAUGAACUCAUUAAUGACAAGCUCAGCUUUGCAUAUUCCUACACAAAGUUGUGCAUGGAAAUCAUCCUCACCUCUGAGAAUUGAUUAGGUUAAACUAGGGUGAAUUGUUGCUCCAGAAUUGACUCGCCUUGUUGAACAGUGUGUUGGUUAUAUUAGAAAGCAGAGGUUCCCCUAGAUCCUCAACCUUAAUCUACUUCUGCAGGGCAGCCCCUUGACUCUGGACAUUCCUCUGUCUCACCAAUUGUAAAAAUGAGCUUCAGGGCUUAACAUUUAGGGCUUAAUAUAAAUGAGCUUAACAUUUUGGAAGUUUCUGAACCCCAAGGGAGGUCCUUGUUUUAAGAUUGAGUUUUCCAUUUGACAUUGUUUUUAGUUAGAAAGAAAGAACUUUGUGGAAAAUUUUUAAUGUUAGGAUGUCAGUGGUGAGUAAUCUAUUCUUUGCUGGAAAAAACUUUAUUACUAACUAAUGGUCUUAGCUUCUACCCCGGCACGUCUGCCUGAGUCCCCAAGUCACCACUGUGUCUGAUGUACUUAAGCCAGCAUUGGUGUCUUUGCUGGAAUAACACUAAGUUGAAACAUCUACAGAGAUGUAAAGUUUCAACCAGUGGAAUCUUUCCCAAGAGAAUGGCAUUCAACUUACCUCCUGCACAGAAUGACAGAUGCUAUAUAAGAUAGCAAAAGGGCAUAACAAAAGCAAGCACUGUCUUUCCAAGUCGGGUGGGUUUCCCAAGAUACAACUUCACGGAAUAUCUCACAGGUCACUGUUGGCCUUGGUGUAGACCAGCUUGGUGUGGAGACUAUCCUUCCUGAUUUGUUUUUCCCUCCCCUUUAAAAAAAAAGAAAAAACUAAAUAAGUUGUCAGCAUCUUCAUGUAGCACAUAUUGGUUACCCAUUAGUGAGUGAAUCGUGUGUGAGUUCCGCUACUGCCUCCGAGUUGACUCUAUAUGUGAUAGUCUUUAGACACAAAGGAAGCUGGUCUCACCAACUCCCCUGAGGCAGUUCCAAUAAUACAACCACUAGAGACAUACCUUUACUUUUGGUUUUGCUGGCAGGUAAUUCAGAAAGGUAAGAGAAAUGUGGAAGAAUACAUGUCUGUUUCAUUAUUCUCACAAGGGAAAAGCCAGAAAAAAAAUGAAAAGAGCAUUGAGAAUUAUCCCUGCUUCCUUCCCUGAAAUAUAUCUCCCUCUCUAAAGACUUUACUGAGGAUGCAUAGGCAAAAAAGAACAACAUUCAGAUCCAGAAAAAGAAAUAAUGGCAUUGUUUUCCCGGGAAUAAAUCUCUAUUGCAUUGCAUGAUGGGCUCUCCUGCUGUGCCGGAGUGGUAGUUUGCUUUGUCCUGGGCUUUCACUCCCCACCUGAGAGCUGCAACCUUUGGGCCUGUCCUUGAAUUCCCUCUCAUCAUGGGGAAGCUGUUGCUAACUUUCAUCUCUUCACAUUUGAGAGCAGAACACCUUUUCUGUUGUUUUAUCUCCAAUUGCUAUUCCGAACACGAGGAACUUGAGAUGCAAAAGCAGAGGUCAGUCUAGUGUUGACACAGGUGGAGAUCAUACAGGAGACCCCAAGCUGAGGAGGGGAUGGAAGCUGGCUUGAUAAAAAGCCAUGCAGACCUGCCCAGAGAGCUCUGCCAGCAGGAAGCCAGCCUAGUUUGUCAUAAAUUAGCUUUAGGUUUGAAGUCUGUUUCUGCAAGGCAGCAGUGUAGCCACGAAUAUCAUCCAGGGAGGUGGUUCCCCAAAAUCUGACACACACACACACAUGCACACCACAUGCUGGUUAUUGCAUUUCUGUUUGUUGAGCAGACAGACAUGUUUCUUUAGAUUCUAGCGCUACUCGUGAAUUGUGGCUCACUCAUAAACCUUAUCACAGGUGUCACUGUUGGAAAGCAACCUGUGAGCUGGGUUGCUUGGGCUGGUAAAGAUAAGACUUGCUAGAUUUACUAACCGUCAACUCAUUUGGUGAUAGGAUCUGUCAUCAGGCUUCCAAAAUAAUGAUGUAUUGAAUGUUUGUAUUUUUAAGUUCCUUAUUCCAAUAGAAGUUUAGGCUGUCAAACAAAUGACUAAAGAUGAGUCCAUGUCAAAACUGAAACCAGAAGAUUAUGAAUUUACUUAUUAUUUUUUUCCUGCAUCUAUGGAAAGCCUGAAUGCAUGCUAGUAGGAAGUAAGUGUGCAGAACUAAUUAUGCUAAAUGAAUGUGUGUUCCCGCCGUCACCUGUGUUCCCUGCACCACUGAGUCCUGUGAUCCAGCUUUCCCAAAAAAUGGGGCCCGAGCCAAGGGUGCCACACAGGCGCCUGAGAAAAGCUAGCAUUGUCCACUCUUCUCUGUGUCAGUGAGACAAAGCUGUCCGUUCUUUUCCCCAGACAUCAGCAAUAAAGGUCUUUAUUUUUUUUCUGGUGUGAGGGGAAGGUUGAGAGAAAGGUGGUAGAAAUUCAAUAUUCUUUUGGAUUAUCAUGUUGCUUUUCCUUCCAGCUGUCAAUAUUUAUGAGUAAAAUCUCAUAUACUAUAUCACUUGACAAUAUUUGACAAAAAGUAUUUUUUAAACAAAAAUUUUAGAUUGUUCAUUAUUAAAGGUUAAAAGUAUAAUUUCAAUCCAGGAGACAAUCUUAUAACUCAAGCUCAUCUGAAAAAAAAAUAAAAAGAAAAAGUAAAUUUUGUAAGCUACUUUAUCCAUUCCUAAACAAAAUUUUCUGCUUUUGGGUGGCCCUACACAGAACCAGAGAUAAUAUUAUACUAUUGGAAAAGGAGUAUAUUUGAGCAGUAUCAAGCUUUCAUUGCAUAUGAUUAAUCUUCUGUCCAUAAUGUUCCCAGUGCCCGUGCGUGUAGGCAUGAGUGCCGAGGUACUGGCACUCAGACAACUAUUUUAUGUAGUCUUAGAAAUUACCUUCAACUUGAAAAGGCUUAUUCCUUCCUUCUCUGUGCUGAUAAUGAGUGUCCCACACACCAGCAUACUCGAUUUAUGAAGUUAUAAUUUAUUUGUAAACUCAGGAUAUUCUUUUAUAACAUUGCUUGUGUUUUAUAAUUUAUUUUUACAUCAUGUUUGGAAGUGCUAUCCAAGUCUAUGCAUUGAAGUGUAAGUUUGUGAGUCUGUCCGUGGCACUCUCCUCCCUCACUCUAGUGAGGUCUGUUGGUGGAGACGUGGGCCCUGGAGAGGAAAGAUAAACAAGUCAGAAUAACUAAGAUUAGGGUCCAGUCUUCGAUUUAUAGGCUUAGUUCAAAAUCUAAGCUUUUCUAUGGUAAUUCACGAAAGGGGGCAAAGGUCCCUUCAUUUUGAAUUUUAUGAUAAUGAACAUGAAAAUCAGCCUCUGCAGGCCUAGUGGAAGAGGCACUGGUUUCUCACCGUUGGUUUAACACUGAAUUUCUGGGAAAAACAUGUGGACAGUAUUAGGUCCCUACAUUACUCUUACCCAGCCACCUCCAGUGCUACUGAAGGAGGUUUGGAAAAGCAACUAGAGUUCCGUACCUUGGAUAUAUAUAGUACCUGUUUCUUCUGGAGAAACCAAAGCACUUUAGUGACUCUUGUAAUCUGUAAUUCUUAAGGCAUCUUGUCCCCUCACUGAAUCCCUGGGAGACAGGGAGGGGCUGGGGUCAGUAGUCUCAUUUGAGAGGCAACUAAACCUAGGAGAAAAAGCCUUGAGCUAGGGGCUGGGAACCCUCUCGCUAGGCCUGGUUUCUCACUCUCUGGGAAAUGUUGGGCAAAUCGCUUCAGUUUGCUGGGCCUCAGACUCCCGGAUGAAAGACUGAGGGCUAUAACAGCUGCCCUUCUGAAAGAGUAUAAAGAGAAAAUGACAUAAUUGAUGGGAAGUGCUUUGGCAAAUGUAAUGCUCUGUCUAGGAGCUGGGAAUAAUCAUUCGUAGAUGAUUUAGCUGAAGUCCAGAUCAAUGAUUGGCCCAACUUCAUAGAGCAGUUUUAUAGUAAAACUGGGACUUGAGUCCAGUAUCUUGGACCUUCCCAGUUGGUGCUGUCAUACCCAGUGUGUGUGUGUGUGUGUGUAUGUGAACACACAUCACACCUGUACUGACGUGUGUACACAGUAUGUAGAGGGAUGCAUGUGUACAGAAGGUAUGUGACAUGGUGCAAGAGCAUAGGAUGGAAAACCUGAGUUCUGGUGGAGUUUGGGAGAUUGUCCCGUGGCCUUGAAUGGUUACCUAACUUCUCUGGAACUCGGUCUUCUAAUCUGUAAAAUGAGGACAUUGUGCUAAAUGAUCUUUGUGGCUCCUUCAGCUCUAGUAAUGUAUGUAUGUAUAUAUAAAAUGCUUAUCUGUAGAAAUGGGCCCAUUUGAAAAGUAGAGACAAGGCCUGCCCAAGUACAUUGAUUGUGUCAGAAACAGCAAAUUUACAAACAAGUUUGUAAAAUCUUGGUUUUUGUUUUUUGUUUUUUUUUUAAAUCAGUGGUAGUAUUUGUCAUUGUUUUAAAUUCAUUCUUUAACUGAAUAAAAGAUUGGUGCCAUUUGAAAAAUGAAGUUCUUAGUUUACAACUGUUUCCUGUUAAUAAAAUUCAUUUGUUAUAGUCAGAAACUCAGUGAUUCUGUACUUGGGCAGGUCCCAACAGCCUAUUUGCAAACAGGCUGAUUUUUGUGUAUGGGUCUUUAUAUAACUAUAUAAAAGUUAGCUGUUGGCUUGAUCAUGAUAAAUAUGAGCAGGCUACCUGGAGAACAGUCCAGAAAAGAAAGUUAUAGUUCUCACAGACUGGUGACAUGAAUUCAUUAAACUGUGUGCCAUUUCCAGUGUGAAGACAUUGUUUGCUGGCUACGAUCUCUGACUUUUUGUGGCAUAUGAGGUGUAAAAUGUUGUCAAAAAAAAAAAAAAGAAUCUGGUGUUUAAAAAGAAUCAAAUUAUGGUGGCAUUAAAU